GCUCAGUGGGUGGUGAAGUCCCUUAUAGAACGGAUCGAUAGAGGAACUUGUGACAAAAUGUGUAUCGCUCUGCUGGGAACGCCACUUUUGUUUAUGGCCCUUUGGGUCCUGCUAAAACAUCUAAAUAAAACUUACUUUGUUCUUUCAUUAUGCAAACGAGUGCGAACAGAGGAUGGUAGUCCACUGCAAAGCAAAGUGGUCCUAAUGCCCGGAAAAACUCGCUUCGGCAACAACUUGGAUAUUCUCAACUUUUCACCUUCAAGUGUUUUUAAUUUUGUACGAGAAUCAACUGCCAAGGCCAAAGGUAGAAACUAUCUGUGGUAUUUCCUAUACGCACCCAUGUAUAAUGUAGUUCGGGCCGAAGAAGCUGAGGAGAUAUUUCAGAGCACAAAACUGAUAACCAAGAAUGUGGUUUACGAACUGAUUAGACCGUUUCUAGGGGACGGACUUCUGAUUAGCACAGACCAUAAAUGGCACUCCAGAAGAAAAGCUUUGACGCCGGCUUUUCAUUUUAAUGUCCUGCAGUCUUUCUUGGCUAUUUUUAAAGAAGAGUGCAACAAGUUACUCAAAGUUCUUGACAAAAAUAUAGAAGGAGAGCUGGAUAUUAACCAAGUUAUUCCACAGUUUACUUUAAAUAAUAUAUGCGAAACCGCUUUGGGUGUGAAGCUGGAUGACAUGUCGGAGGGCAAUGAGUACAGAAUGGCUAUCCAUGCCAUUGAAGAAGUUCUGAUACAACGCGUUUGCAAUCCGCUGAUGUAUUACAACUGGUACUUCUUUCUCUACGGAGAUUAUCGGAAACACUCGGAGAAACUUCGGAUAGUUCACGACUUCUCCAGUCGCAUUAUUCAACGCAAAAGACAGCAGUUCAAGCAAAAGCAACUCGGGGAAGUGGAUGAAUUCGGCAAAAAGCAGCGAUAUGCGAUGUUGGAUACCCUUUUGGCAGCCGAAGCAGAAGGUCAGAUCGAUCAUCAGGGAAUCUGCGACGAGGUCAACACUUUUAUGUUUGAGGGAUACGACACCACCUCCACCUGCCUAAUCUUUACUCUACUGAUGUUGGCCCUUCAUGAGGAUGUCCAAAAGAGAUGCUUUGAAGAGGUGGAAAAUCUUCCCGAGGACAGCGAUGAUAUCAGUGUGUUCCAGUACAACGAACUCAUCUAUUUGGAGUGUGUGAUUAAGGAAUCACUCAGGAUGUUUCCCUCGGUGCCCUUCAUUGGACGACAGUGUGUGGAGGAGAGUGUGGUGAAUGGAAUGGUGAUGCCGAAGGACACCCAGAUCAGUAUCCACAUCUACGACAUUAUGAGGGACCCUCGUCAUUUCCCGAAACCAAAUGAAUUCCAGCCAGAACGGUUCCUCCCGGAGAACACAGUAAACCGUCAUCCAUUUGCAUUUGUGCCUUUUAGUGCUGGCCAAAGAAACUGCAUUGGUCAAAAGUUCGCCAUCCUGGAGAUGAAGGUACUCUUGGCAGCGGUGAUCAGGAACUUUAAGCUGCUGCCUGCUACUCAGUUGGAGGAUCUUACUUUUGAGAACGGAAUUGUACUACGCACCCAACAAAAUAUCAAAGUGAAAUUGUCGAAAAGAGUCAAAUAGUGAUAUGUAAAAUAAGAAAAACUGUUUACCAAAGAUGUUUAAAUCUUUAAAAUCUUGAAAGAAAGAAAAUAAAGUCUAUUAAUAGAUGAAAAUUUAUAA